AUGGCGAAAGAGGUCGUUAGUAAAGAGGUAGAAAUUGAACGACUCCAGGCAAAACUAAGAAAAGCGUAUGCUCAAAUGGAGCGCCAGCAAGCCGAUUACGAUGAAGAAGUGCGCAAGUUUAAAAAAGAUUCGGAGCAGGCUAAGGAGGAGCUGGUCCGGGUAGUGAAUAAGCUCAAUGAUCUCGAAGCUGAAUCCGUAAAGUAUCAAGAAAGGGCGAAAACGCUCGAUAGCGGGCAGCUGAAUGCUAUAGCAGAGACGCAAGAGAAGAUCAGAGCCCAGGAGAAAGAGAUCGCACGGCUGCGCAGCGAAUUGGCAGAAAGGGAAAAGAUGGCGAAAAGCUAUGAAGAACUGAAAAAAGAGUUGGACUAUUUGGAGCUGCAGAACGAUACUUUGAACCAGACCCUGGAUUCUAAAGAGAAUACAGUAAAGGAGUUGGAACGUCACAUUGCGUCGAUGCGAAUGGAAGCAACCCUCUAUCAGCAGUCCUGCUCAUCCGGGUCGACUCCUCUCGCCGACGAAACCGAGUCCCUAGCUGAAAUCAGACCUCCAUUCACUCCGGCUCGUCCAUAUACGAAGGCUCAUUCAACUUUGGGCGCCAAUUUGAGUCCUCAACCUCGCCCCAAGACUGGAGGUCUGACAAAAAGUCUCUCUAAUUAUGCCAUCGAUGCAAAUUGCAAUCGAAGAGACGAUGUUUCCGCUGCCAUGAGCAGGAGUUUAAGGUCAACCCAGAAGAAACUGGUGGAUAGUCGAUUACUUGUAAAAUGCCUGAAGGAAACAGUUGAGCGGUUAGCACGCGGAGAGAAUCCCGAUAUAAGUCGUCUGCUGGGAAUCAAAACUGACUCAAUGUCCGAGAGCGAGGCAGAACAAGUCGCGUUUGACUCGACGGCAAUGACAAUGGGAGUUGCUGAGAAAAUGAUGCGCCGACAAGAGGAAAGUAUGGCCAAACUGGAACAGGACUUGGAUGCGAUUCGCUACCUGGUUCAGGACUAUUACCAAUCCAAAGUUGGUGACACGUUGAA